AUGCGCAAGUCAGUAUCAAGUACAUAUGGCAGAAGAGCCUCCUCUAUGGAGCGUUCCUCAGUGUCAUCAGGAUCUCAUGGUAGACGUGCAUCAUCCCAGGAGCGGUCAUCAAUAUCUGAUGGUCCAUUGCGUGUCAACACAGAUUCUAACAGAAAGAGUGGAAUACCACAGCAAAAAUGGUCAAGUCAAUAUUCACAAGGCUCUUCAAACAGUGGUGCCCAUCGUAACUCUGUGUCAAGAUACAGUUUUUAUGGGUCCAACCAACAGCAAAAGAAAAGGAUGUCUCGGGGCAGUGGCAUGGGGAUGAGGGGUCACACUGGCAUUACAAAAGACCCAAGACCAAUAUCUAACAAAUCCUACCAACAAUCCUGUAUUAAAGACCUUGUAAUGUUUUUAACGGAAAGACAGUUUCCCCAGUCUAUUUCUCCUAAGGUUCUUCAGUCACCUACUGGUGGAGAUUUCAUGAAGAUAUUUGAGUUUAUAUAUGGUUUCCUGAAUCCUAAGUGUUCAGUUAGCAGGGAUGAUGUGCCAAAGAUUUUUAAACAGCUUGGCUAUCCUUUCACCAUUACAAAGAGUUCCAUGCAUUCUGUGGGCAGCCCUCAUACAUGGCCAACACUGUUGGCUGGCCUCAACUGGCUCAUCAACCUCAUUAGGUGGGGACUUUCUGGAGAUAUUGAGAGUUCCUACUUCCCUUCUGUAGAGGAUGAUUUUGAAAAUUCAGUCCCAGAGACUAAGAUUCUGUACUACUAUUUUGAGCACACAUAUAGUGCUUACAUGGCUGGACAAGACAGUUUUGAAGACUUUGAUGAACAGCUUGAAAAGAAAAUGCAUGAGAGAUACUGUGGUACAGCGGGUGGAAAUGAUUCACUGGAGAUGGAGCACAAAAGAUUGCAAACAGAAUUGGAAUUGUUAGAAAACGAUAUGGAAAACCUAAAAACCACAAAGGAGGCAAGAGAUAUGCUCAAACUGGAUGAUGAGCGCUACAUGGAACAUCUGUCCAAAAUUGACAUACACAGGCAAGGACUUGAAAAGCAGUGUGCAGAGGCAGAGGAGGAGCUGAAUGAAGCAUUGGCUGAUGCAAAGUGUGCAGAAUCCAACAAACAAAGGAUGAAUGCAAUGUUUGAGGAUCAGAAACUGUCCCAAGCAGAUGUAGAACGUAUCAAAUUAAAUGGGCGCGAGUUACAAAGACAAAGACAAGAGGCAGAACGACGGGAAUCCGAGACAGACAAGGAAAUCUGGCAAAAGGAAAUGGAGCUGUCGAAAGAACAUGAAAAGCUGGAGGAACAAUGUAAUGAUUACAACAUGCUGGCUCAAAAACUCAAACUGAUACCUUUGUCAGCGGAGAAUGCUUACGGAGUAGACUAUGAGCUGAAGCCAUCCUACUUAGGCUACAUGGACUCGAGAUUCACCGAUACGAUAAAGCCUGCCCUUCUACAGCUGAAGAAACAAUGUAGUGCCUCUGUUCACACCAAGUCCACAGAGAUGAUGCGGGUCCAAGAGUCUCUGGAACAGGUGCAUGAGUAUGUCAAUGAAAUGAAAGAUGAUAUCAACAUGCUGGAGAGUCGCAGUAAACGCAUGGGAGAUGAGCUGGAGUGUAAAAAACAAGUUUACCAGCGUGAAUUCCAGCAGGCCCAAGAGGAGAUAGAAAGCCUACAAGGAGAGUUACUGGAAUUACAAACUGUAUCCCAGCUCAGUUUACAAGAUGCCAACAGGGAUCUCAAAAAUGCAUACAAAGAAUAUGAACAAAGCAAGAUGGAAAUAGCAGAGACCGAGAAGGCCUAUCGCAGAUUUAUGAAUGAUACCACAAAAAUUGUGACUACACACUUGGAAAAAAUACAGGGUCGAUUUGCUGACCUGUGUCAGGAGUCCGAGCAAAUAUUACUACAGGUGAGAAGAGAGGCCCAGGAAAACCAGGAAAUCCUCAAACAGUUGGAGCCACCAUCCUAAAUAACUUCAUAGUGCUCUCUGUGAAUUCUUUCCUUGGGGGGGAAGGGGGAGAUUCAUCUUGAAAUGACUGUUAGAACUUGAUAUUUGAAAAUUAUACUAUGUAUUUUACCUCUGGAUAUGUGGGGAAUGUGAACUCUUUUUCUUGGAGAAUUUACGCAUCUGGCGAUGACAAUAGGACUGGGUUUUGUUUUUAAAUUAUUGUUCUAUUGUUAACUUAUAUGCCUGUGCUUAAACGAGUGCUAAAUUUCUGGGAGAGUUAUUCAGGCUUGCACGAACUGAAUUCUCUGUUUGAAAUUACUCAAAUUUUCUAUAACCAAAUGUAAUGUGUAAUGUGAAUACAUAUGACUUUGAAAUA